UAACCCGCACCCCCGAUAGGAUUGGCCCAAAACCCGGUGGACUGGCUUGAUUGACAUCCCUAAUUUUUAUUAUAGUCACAUCACAUCUAUUGAAUGCCAAAAUUGAAUAUAAACACACACUUCAGUAAAAUGACUCUUCGAUCAUCGAGAACUCUGAGCCACGGCAAUGUCGAAGCGAAAGCAGCCUGAAUUCGCCACAGAUCAUUCCGACGACGUCCUUUCUGAAGAAUUUGGAAGUUUGAAAAAUAUAAAGGGUUGUUAUCAUUUACAUCCAAUUUAUAAGUCCAUCCAGCGUAGGAUAGAAUUCUAUGAUCUACUUGAUAAAGAUAAGAUUCCUCGUUGCCGGAGGUCAAUGAGGGGAUUUAGGAGGAAGAAAAAAACAGCCGAGCUAGAUGCUGGGAAACGGGUUGGAAGCGUUGCGAAGGCAAGCAGCAGAUCUCGGGACGUGAGAUGCAAACUGAAAGCAGAGACAGAGGAAAGUGAUUGUGUAGUCAUAUACACAUCUGUUUGUAAUGGCCGAGUACUGAGGAGGCCGCGUGGUAGCACCACCGAGGGUCAGGAGACGGGGAAGUUAAGCUCUGGAAAGUUUGAAAUCCACAUAGAGAAUAUGUGGAGAAAACUUUCAGAAGAAGAAAAGAAGGGUUUUACUUAUCUUGACUCCUUGUGGUUUUCCUUGCAUGCUAAAGGAACACACAAAACCAAAGUGUUGAGUUGGAUUAAGAAAAAGGACAUAUUCUCGAAAAAAUAUGUAUUUGUUCCAAUUGUUCAGUGGGGUCAUUGGUUUCUUUUGAUCUUCUGCCACUUUGGUGAAAAUUCAGAGGCAAAAUCUGAACGUCGCUGCAUGUUGUUGCUAGAUUCACUGCAAAAGGCACAUGCUAAGCAGCUAGAAUCUGGAAUUAGAAAAUUUGUCUUUGACAUAUUCAAAACAGAAAAACGGCCAGAGAAUAAAGAACUAAUCAGGAAACUCCCUCUUUUAAUUCCGAAGGUGCCACAACAGAAAAGCAGUGAUGAGUGUGGAUUUUUUGUUCUCUACUACAUAUAUCAAUUCCUAAAGACUGCUCGUGAUAAUUUUAGCUUCUCAAGAGGCUGCACACACUUUAUGAAAGAGGACUGGUUUACUCCUGAAGAUGUGGAAUGCUUUAUCAAAUCACUGGACUCGAUGACCAAAUUAUCUGAUUGAUCAGAUCAGUAUCUUAAUUCUUGUCGUAAAUGACGUAUGGCAAAUCAGUUAAAUUUAGCAGUAAGAAGCUAGGUAGAUGAUGGUUAUCGUUUUGGUUUUGGCUAACUAAUUAUCUUUCUGGGAGUACAAAUUGGAUUACUGUUCCCAUUUUCUAAUUAAAUCCAUAAGUAUGUAGAUUAUUGUAAGAAUAUGAACGGAACAGCCCUGUUCCUAGUAUUAUAUAAAUUAGAAAAAUUGUAUAUAA